UAGCCCCUUUAGGUUUAUUAUAUUGCGUUUGUUAUCUCCUGCCCUUUCUAUCUUAUCAAAGUUGUAUAUUUUAUCGCUGAUGCACGCCCACCUAAAAAGAAAGCAAAUAAUCCAAAUUAGUUUAAUUGUUCUGAAAUUAUAUGGUGAAAAUGCUGUCGUCUCACAUAUUGAUCCUGACAUUGGGAGCCUCCGUGGUGCCCUUGGUGGACGCUGGCCUCUUUUACGACCUGUCCGGCGGCAGUGCCGGUCUGCUGAGCCCGUGCUCCAUGCACAGUCUCACUGGCGUCUUCGUGGAGGAGCGCGCCUCCCUCUACGAGCCGGACACGGACGGACUGGUGCUCGUGUCCAAGUACACGGAUGACUUGGGCUGCUUGCAGACGCCAGAGUUCGUUCAGGUGCAUCGCAACUUCACCUUCAGGGUGCGUGCUUUCCUGCCGAGACCAGUCGAGGUGCUCAAUCCGGUGCCUAUUUUCUACGCCUACCUCUGGAACGAGCAGGAAGGGUUGAUUCCCCUCGCCUACCACAUGGGUCCAACCGCCGAUGGCUGGGUUGAGUGGCAACAACAGGUGCCUCACUACCUGCACUACCCACAAAUGUUUAAGGUUGAAAUUAGGUCUGAUUUGUACACUGCCAGUUACGUCGCAAUCCGCUGGUUUGGUCUCUCUGACGAACAACUGCCACCGUUAAUUUAGUCACGAGGGAAGAGCUUUGUGUUGAAGUAAAGCUUACCUGAAAAUUGAGGAUAAUGCUAAAAUAGUCAUAAAUAUUUGAUAAAAAUGUGUUUAAAGUCUGCAUAAUUGUCAAUCAAUAACUGUCUCCCUCUACUCUGUUAACUGUAAAGCCACGAUUUAUUAAAUUUCACAAUUUAGGGACUUUUUCCUCAAUAUUCGCACGACAAGAGGGAUCAAAAUCAAUAUAAAUUAUGUAAAAUCCGAAAUUUAAUUUCCCUCGGUUCAGAGUUCAAAUUUGUUGCUAAAUUAAAAAAAACUAAACUCAAUGAACUACUAAUAAUUGCUAUAGUCAAGCACGGAUAUUGUUCUUAUUAAUUGGCCUGUAGAGCUCUACUUUAAAAAGAAACUUAGUUGUUUCUGACGUGCCAUUAUUUUAACGCUGUAUUGAAUCUAAGAAAAAAACACCGACAUGCCACAUCAUUUUGUGAUAAAUCGCUUUUCGGGAAAUACCUUUUACUGUUUAUUCCUGAUUUCCUGUUACGCUAGAUUAUAUUACAUUUAAUAUUUUAUAAUAACACUUGAAAUGUGUGCUACAACAGCGACUUCGUUAUAAUUAAAAAUAAAUUUCAUUGAUUAAAAAUCAAAUGAAAAAGAAAAAAAUAAAUCAUUGUCGCUCAAGAAAUACGACUGUCUAUGUCUAGUAGGAAAACCCCAACAUGAUAUUAAAAUGGUUUUUCUUAUCUAAUCGCAUAUCUAACAAUCUUUUAGUCGAAUAUCGAGUCAACUUACAAUUAGGAACACAAUUGAAAUGUCUUCAAACGUUGAGGUUAGCAUUUUCCUUCUCUUGCUGGGAGCUAUCAUCGCUCCUUCGGUAGCGACCGGCGUGUUUUUUGACCUGUCGAGCGGCAACCCUGGUCUCGAGACGCCAUGCAGCAGGUACAAUUUCAGCAGUGCCUUCUUUGAGCAAGAAGCCAGCGUUUUCGACCCUGCCACCUCGGGACUAAUGCUGGUUUCGGCGAACCUUGGCACUGGGUGCCUCGAGACGCCUCAGUUCGUCGAGGUGCACAAGAACUACACCUUCAUGGUGAGGACGUUCUUGCCGAAACCUCGUGAGAUUGCCUACCCGGUGCCCAUAUUCUACGCUUACUUGUGGAAUGAGAAGGAAGGGCUGAUCCCGUUGACGUAUCACAUGGGGCCUGGUGCGGACGGAUGGGUCGAGUGGCAGGAGGAAGUGCCUUACUACCUCGAAUAUCCGCAGAUGUUCAAGAUCGUUAUUUUGUCGGAAUUGUUCACUGCUAAGUACGUCGCAGUGCGUUGGUUCGGCCUUUCCGAUGAACCCGUGCCGCUUGUGUGAAUUGAAAUCUGCUACAUCUUUGGGUUCAAAUAAUGAAAUAAAAAAAUAUUACGAUUUUCCCUCCCGUC